AUGAUUAAGUUGAGCUUUGCAAUCGGAUUAAAGGCAUUUACUUUGCUUAUAUUCUGCUGUCUUUGUAAGACUGAUGGCUUUGGAAGAAACCUUGCUGUUUCAACAAGCCAGUCGGCCUGAAAGUCUUGUGUUGAUAAUAGUUCUCAGAAGUGGUGAGCCCCUGUCGGAAAUACUCAAGUUAAUGGAGAAUGUUGUAGCUCUGGUGAUACUUCAGGAUACUGUGCGAGUAGUAGUAGCUAUGCUUGCUCUGGGUCCUCCACCAUCCAAGGUAAUGCAGGCUUGAUACUUUGCCCAGAUGCUACUUCAAAGUGCGGGUACACGGACCACUCACUUCGGAAUACUACUACCAAAUUGUCAAUAGUAAGCUCUGUUUCUUCCACUGCUGUGUGCACUCAAAGGUUUUAUAAACUUUCAGGCAGUAUCACUCAAGUCAAGAUAGUAAUGAAUAACAUAUAUGGAGCAACUGCAACAGUUUAUAGAGGACCAAGAGGAGAAGGAAACUAUACUAUGUUAGGAAGCCUGUUAAAAGGCUACACAGCCACAAUUUCGUUUAGUACCAAUACCGAUGUUUACUUGUUGGUCGUUCCUUCAUCGGCUUCUAAUCUGCUAAACAUAACUGUCUUUGGGGCGAUUGCUUCUAGCUCCAGCAACUCUUCAGGUUCGUCUAGCUCCGGUGGUGACUCUAUCUCUGAUGGUUCAAAAACGAACUUGACUGCCUUAUGGGUAGUCUUAGGAAUUCUUGGAGGAAUAGCUCUCAUUGGGGGUGCCAUUUUCGCCGUUGUUUUGAUCUAUAAGAAGAACAAAAAAAAUGCUUCCCUCAAAGCUUCUCAAAAGCACGGAUCCGACCCCAACAAGACAACUGUCCACGUGAACCCCAACGGCUUUCACAACCCCGAUACUGUUCCUUGUAAGCUCUUGCUGACCGUUUUAGGGCAACCAACUCCCAAAACACAGAAUUAAUCUUAGCCUAGUCUCUAAUUCUUGGGAACAACUUUUGUUUGGAUUAG